GACUCUAUGUUCUCGAUCGCGACGACUUUACCUGCCAAAUUUCGCGAGCUCGUAGCGUAUCAUCAAUCAACAAAAUCGUGAACCAAGUCAUGUUCUGGGGACCUUUGUGGCCCUUCCAGCGUGGUCUUACAGUCGACCCAAGCCCGCCUAUCGUCGCUCAGAGCAGAUCCCCAAACACCGUAGUACUUCGUGACUAUGACACUCCUGGAGUAUUACCUGCCUCUGCUCGAAUCGAUACCACAUUGAAAAUACUAGAUAAUCCUGCUAUGAGGGUUUGGGAUGCGUGGAAAUACCCUGCGUUUGUGGUCUACAAAGCAACGACUAUCGCUCGUGACAUCCUCUCACAUCAUUUGUGGGGCCCACGAAGAAAGUCGUGGGGGAUAGAGAUGACUAUCAUCAGUAGCGUCAUGCGCGAUGUUGCACAGCAUGCUGCUCUAGCUGAUAUCGCUACAGUGCGCAUAUUCUUAGGCCUCACCGGGCUCGUUCCUCUUCCAUCCGACGCCCUAGUUACGCCAGUCACAUUCUGCGUGCGACGACGAAAUUUACGAGGCCUUCUUCUCGAGCUCGAUUCAAAGGAAACCGGUGAUAGGAAGCUUUCUGGUGAAUGGGUAGUCGGAAAGAAACUUUGGCAAUCCUUGCAAGCAGAGUAUGAGACAGCUCGCAGGCCAAGAGAAGGAAGUUCAGAUCCUGAUGACUCUCGCCCUAAACGCAAGGCACGCGUCAUCUUAUAUGUUCAUGGAGGAGCAUAUUAUUCUUCCAGUGCUUCUGCUCAGAGACUGAUUACGAUACCUUUAUCAAAGUACACCAACUCCCGCGUCUUUGCCAUUGAUUAUCGUCUCGCACCUGAAACUUGUUUCCCUGGUCCGCUGCAUGAUGUCGUCAUUGCAUAUUUCAGGCUGAUUGAUGACCUUCAUGUACCUCCAGAAAGUGUCAUCGUAGCAGGUGACAGUGCGGGUGGCGGUUUGUGUCUGGCACUUGUGCUGUAUCUACGUGAUAAUGGAUAUCCAUUGCCUGGAGGUUCUAUCUUAUUUUCUCCCUGGGUGGACCUCACAUUGAGCUGCGAGUCCUGGGAUAGCAAUCGCGCCUUCGAUGUUGUUCCUACUCCCGGACCCGGUGCACACCUUCAUCCUGUUGUGAUGUAUUUGGGGAAUAAUCUGAGAGAAUAUGUUGCGCAUCCCUACGCCAGUCCCCUCUUCGGCGACUAUAAUGGCUUGCCCCCGAUGCUUAUACAAUCGGGAGAUGCAGAAGUUCUCAUGGACGAGCAUAUUUUGCUUGCACAGAAAGCAUCUAGGGCUGGUGUAGAAGUUCGACAUGAACUGUAUGAGGACGCUGUUCAUGUGUUUCAAUCCUUUCCUUUCCUUGAUGCAACCACCAAGGCUUUCCAGUCAUGUCGUCAGUUUGUUCUGCACCACCUUCCUCAUCUCCAACAGAGCGACCCACGCAUCCUCGACAAUGCUGCUGAAUCACAUCUGGAGGAUGAAAUCACCAACGAGAACAUCAUCAUGGUACGUGGCGAUGGCGUUGAAACCGCAUCUGGAAAACAAGGAGUGAACGAGAAGAUGAAGGAAGAUGAACAAAGCGAAGAAGUCGGAAACUCUGGUGAAGAAGAAUAUCCGAGCUGGGGGCUAAGCAGCGGAAAUUUGACCUCGGCGCUGCGGUCGGAAUCCGGUAGUCCUAUAUCUGAUUUCUCGUCGAAUGCUGGGGUUGUAGGUAGCACAUCUCGCACCUUUCAAAGUGCAUCAACUACUAUCCCUCGUCUACAUCGCGUUAAAUCCGCCCUCUCUAUUCUUAAGGCAGAAUCCAUGCCGACUCAAACCACCGCGAAUGAGACUGCUCAACGGCUUCGUCCUCGAGGUCAUUCUGUCACAAUACGCCAGCCUAAUCUGGGCAUGUCGCAUAUUAUCCCUCGAUCUGCGUCCAUCCGUGAUUUGCGAUAAUCUCAGCAGCACGUCGCUUGUCGACUACUGGUCAGGCUUAGGUUCGGAAAAUUGCAAGUUCUUUCAUAAACUCUAAACACGUUGACGUCCAUGCGAACAUGGACCACAUAUGUAUUUCUUUCAUUACCAAGUCAUUCGCUGGCCAUGUAGCAUCCACUGAGUAGGUCGGGUUCACUGUAAUACUGUAACAAUGAUUCCCGAGGUGACGACGACCGCUAUUUCUUUUCGCUGUACUGUAUACAUAGCUAGUAAGCGGUUGUGAAUCUACGCGUAUAAUAUUCACUAACAUGAAACAAAUAUGCAUAAUGUACCAACUAUGGCUAUACGAGUGAACUCGAGUGAGCCGACCUGGUUCAGAGUCGAGAGAGAAAUGUUCCGCAAAAGACAGAUAUACCAUGAGGCGAUGUCUAUGUGGGUAUGUCAAUGUAGUGUCCAGAUUACACGAAAAGCUUGUCAGUGGGUGGCUGAAAUCUGAUUCAGGCUUUUUGAGAUGUGGCAGUGACCUCAUCUCCCGCCACUCAUUCACUGCGAAAUCCAGCACAAUCAGCAUCAUAUCAGCGUUGGACACCCUUUGUUUGUGCUGAAUCCCAUGUGAGCGGUAUAGUGUCCCUGAGCCAUUCUUCCUCUUCUCUAGAUGGAGACCUGACCACGGAUUUCUGCUGAAAGAUGCUUUGUAUGUCGUCUAGAGAUAUGAAAAGCAGAUGAUGAUCUAAUUUUCGGCGACCUCGUCGUUGCAGUGGGUUUAUUCAAGUUACCACAAGCUGACAUAUAGCCAGCUUGGAUGCCACGAGUCUCUGAAGACUGGAUAGAUAAAACCACGAGAAUAUGGAAGGACGACAACAGUGACAGCAAGGAUAGGGAUCCAUAAGUACAAGUUCACUCC